AAUUUUCCAUCCUGCAGGCCAAAGGUUUACAUCACCUGAGCAAGGCGUGUGAGCCCGUUGUCGUGACGACAACAAGAAGCUCAUCACCUGGCCAGCCACUGAAGAAGCAACCUAGCAGCAAAGCAAUGGCGUUGCCGCUGCUCAAGUCGCACGCUCCCUUCUCUGCUCUGCGCUCCGCGACCAGGGCCGAGCUCCAUGGCCGCUGCCGUGCCACACUCGGUGGAUUCCAGGACCUUAGGUUCAACUCCAGCUCUUCCAAGAGCUCAGCCGGGAGGGGUUCAGUGAAGACGAACGCCUCCCCGUUCGACGUGGUGACGCUGAUGGUGACGAUGGUGGAGCACGUCGACAUGCAGAGGGACUACGUCGUGCACAAGUCGAUCUGGCAUCUCAGCGACGCGGCCCUCAAGAGCGUCUACACCUUCUACGCCAUGUUCACAGUCUGGGGCAUCUGCUUCUUUGCGUCGAUGAAGGAUCCUUUCUACGACAGCGAGGCGUACAGGGGACAAGGUGGCGACGGCACCGUGCAUUGGUACUAUGAUCGGCAAGAGGAACUGGAGGCGGCUGCAAGGGAAGAGCUGUUGAGGGAGGAGCUGCUUGAGGAGAUCGAGCAGAGGGUCGGAGGCCUAAGAGAGCUCGAGGAAGCGGCCAAAGAGGAGCAACUUGCAAAGUGACUGCAUGUCAAUCGCCCGAUGCGGCUGCAUUCUGUAAUAAGGAACAGCGCGGCUGUGUAAUAGCAGGACAAUGUUCACUGGUAUAUACUGCAGUAUUACGGUCC